GUUUUGUUCCCAGGGUUCCGUGAGAGCCGUUUGCCCCACCCCACCUCUUCAACGCUAUCUAUCUCAAUGUUCAAUUCAGAGAGAAAAAAGGGGGCAAAAAUAAUUCAGAGUAACACCGCAAAGAGACCAUCCUCAUCCCCUCCGCUGCUUCACCGGAGCUGACGCGGCCUGUCGGCGGUUGGAAAACAAACGUCUCGCCGUUGGAUCAGUGAUUGAAAACACCGCGGUACGUUCAUGUAUCAUGCACAUGUAACCAUAAUCUACCAUACGGAUUCAAAGGGAAUACAAAAAGCUGAGGGGCUUGACAGCGGGCUGUAACGUUACCUGCGCCAAAACGGGUGGAAAUAACGGAGGAUUUCUCACCUACACCACCUGGAUAUCGCGUUUUAUUCAAGGACAUCAGACUGCCAAACACCGCCUCUUCGCUCGGCCGGAGAAGCUUCCCGAUGUGAGGAGAAAUACAAAUUAACGUAACAGAGAGAAAAAGGACAGAGAAAGGGGCCUUUUUUAGGGGGGUCUGGUCAAAAAACCCUCCGAUAAAAUAAGCACCAGCAUCUGUUGACGGGGAGAGGAAACAAAAAUUGACAUCGGCUAAAAGGAGGAUAUUACUGAUAACGACGACAACCCCUCCUUCCUAAAAAUACGGUGUAUAAUGUGACGGAUUUGUGAUCGAGAAAGAAGCCCCGGUGUAGCCUGAUGAUUCACAUGCCGUCAUUUUAAGAGGAGAUUUUCAUUUUUUAUUUUCUCUUUCUCUGGUUCAUGGAGGAAAGAUUGGUACCAACCCCUUGAAAACUGACCUAAAAUACCUAUUUAAUGGUGGGGGGAAAAGGAAGGAAAAUAGGGCUUUGGUUGUGAGUGGAAAUGAAUUGAAAGGCAGUGUACGAUAUCUGCCGAAGAUGGGAUCCAGAGGAGACAUUUGCUGAGAAAAUUUAGGCUUAAAGCGUGGAAAUAUCGAGAGUUUUAGAUUUAGAUUUUUAAAGCCUGGACCACCAACGUUGCAUUCACGUACGCUGCAAAGCUGGAAAUCUCAUAUCCACUCUCAUAUCAAUGUUGAUGACUUCAUUGCGGAUUUACAGUGAAAAACACAAGAAUCAAGCGUCUGAGAGGGCGGCAUCAUUGCUCUGCUCGGAUCCCUGGAUAAUAAAUUGCCAGUAAAUAGCCACAUCCAUUUAUUUCCAAAGCCUGGUGGAGCCUGACAUUUUUUUUCUGUACGACAGUUUCAUCUGCAUCUGGCAACCUAAAUGACGCCCAUUUUGAGCCGGGUGUACCUCUGCUGGGCCAGUCUAGGAAUUUUGGAUUGAUUGAUUUUUCUUCUGAUCAACACCCUCCCUUCCUCCCUUCCUGCCCCCUUCCUCCUAACACCCAGCCACCAAACGUCCACCCACCUACCUACCAAACUACCCUUACCUGCCUGCCUGCCUGCUCGCCUGCCUGCCUCCCCCCUGAACCUAUCACUGGGUUUUUGGGAAAAGAUGGGCUGUCUUGGCAAUAGUAAGACGGAAGACCAACGAAAUGAGGAGAAGGCACAGAGGGAGGCCAACAAAAAGAUAGAGAAGCAGCUCCAAAAAGACAAACAGAUAUACCGGGCCACUCACCGGCUACUACUAUUAGGUAAGUUUCCUUAAAUCCAUCCUUAAAAUAUCGGAAUGUGACUUCAUUUUUAACCCAAACACACAUAUUUAUACAACAAUACAAGUGUAUUCGAGCUAUUUAUGCUAAUAAACCUGAUAUUUUUAGAGGAAAAAGAUGAUUUACAGCAUAAAACAAGCUGGGUAUGAUCUCACUUUACCACCGGAUUUUACAGUGUAAUAAACAGGCCUGUCUCCUGCUUGCAUGGGUCAUUGUGGAGCAUGGUUACAGAACAAGGGAGAGACAGAAGGACCCUGUUUGUGUGAAGGCAGCAUGCUAAGGCCUGAGGACCACCAAUAGGGUUUUUAUUUAGUCUUUGCAUGCUUGUUUUCUUACACAGGACAAGCGCAAAAAUGACAAAACCUGGAGUGUUUAGUGGGAUUUUGAUGAUCCCAGGUAUCGUCCACAGAUUUGAAUUCAUCAAAGUCAUUUCUGGCUUCAUCAUCCAGGCCUCCAUGUCACGCUACAGUCUGAACCUCAAGGCCAGGGCUACUAUCCUGCUAAGCCUCUUGGAGUACCGAGAGCAAAUUAGGAUUACUAUUAGGAUUACUAGCUAGCUUCCCAUGAAUCACUGUCCCGUUCAUUCUAAUCUGAAAUUGAUCCUAGAUUUGAACACUUAGACUCAGGCACUAAUAGCAGGCCUGAAUAGCCUAGCUCCUUCUUUCCAGGUUAGGAGAUACUCUGGCCUGGUUUGAUUCAUUUCUAAUAUGCUAAGGCACAAGGAGGCAGAGAUUUAUCACGGCAGGAGAAUCGUGGAAAACAAAACUCUCAUGAUUCCUAGAAGUAUUUAGCAGGGCAUUUGUUCACAUGUCAUCAUGAGUUAAUUUGCUGAUCUCUCUUAUUGAUUUGACCGAUACCUCCUAUCCUCACCAAGAUGCUGUCAGCCCACUUCACAUCUGGCAUCAGUCGUAUCAGUACACGUUCUGUGUCAUUUAGGACACAAAAUAUUAUUUAGAAAGGAUAAAUAAUAAUGUCAAAUAUUUCUUCCAAUGAAAUCCUGUGUCCUCCUAAUAGAUCUCCUUAUUACUAACAUGAAUGUCUUUUAUUUUGAAAGAUAACCUUGCUCUAAAGCAGAAUUAGCUGCUAUCACUGUUACAUAAAUGUGAAACGUUCCUCUGUAGCUGCGUUGAGUGGAGCUGUAAAGUAGAGUCAAAUAAAAAUACUGAUGUGAAGUUUUAAAUAUGCUGUAAUUUUGCUUCAGUUAAGUACUUCUGAGGAUCAGCACUGCUACUCCCUAACAGAGCACAACAAGCCAGAUGGUUGCAGACUCACCUGGACCUUUAGAUCAGCAGUUUUUCGUCCUCUCUGGUCCCCAUCAUGCUUGUUCCUCUAUUUUUGUAAAAUAUGGCACCAUGCAGGAAUGGGGUGUUCAAGUGUCAGGGACUAAAAAGUUUGUUGAAAUCAGCCACAAAUGUAAUCAACUUCAGCAUUCAUCACAAAUAUCCCAGUCUGAGGUGGAUCUCCAUUGUGGAUUUUUUGUCGUUAUAGUUGUUGAAGUAGUUUUGUGCAAACGUAGCUCUUGUCUGACACAUUUUUUUGUCUCUGUUUUCAGGGGCCGGUGAAUCUGGGAAAAGCACGAUAGUGAAACAGAUGCGAAUAUUGCACGUAAAUGGCUUCAACGCAGAGUAAGUGUUUUAUUCUUUUAUCACAGCUGUCAAUCACACACACACUACCAUUUCACAUUUAAUAUACUAACUACACAGAAAAGUGAUAUAGAGAGUAGAAUUUGGUGUUGCUGGCAGGAUCAAAUAUGAAAACGUUUGUUGACCAAAUACCUGGAUUACAUAAUGUUGUUUUGGAGAAGCCUACUGGUGCAUUCAUGAGGUACAAAUGGGAGAAAUGACCCAGGAGUGCUAAUGUCAUGCAGGUAGACGAUUGUCAGCCCAUUUCACCAUCAGUUUUAUUAUGAAGAUUGUAAAAGUGAAUGAAAACAAACAUGAACACAGACUUCAGAAAACAACCUGAGUUUACAUAAAUACAAAUAAGAGUGAGCAGAAUAAGUUUGGGGUGUUUUUUUUUAAAGCUGCAGUGGAAAGAGGUUAAAAAGUCAAUGUUUUAUAAUAAUGAAAGUAAUAGCUUUGUUCACACAAAAAGAUAUAAUACACAGAUUCAGCACAAUAAAAAAAGUUUUUAAUGAUGAUUUAAAAAAAGACACAGACUUGACUUAUCUAAGAUCUUACAGCCGGGAAUCUAUGAUGCAGGAAUUACUUCCUCAUGCAGUUUUUGAUACGCUUGUUCGAUAGCUUAUAAAUCCUUUUUGAGCUGAAAUAACAAGUUCCAAGUAUCAGAGUCAUUUGUCAAGGAGAAAUGCUCAAUUUUCUCUGGUUUCAGUUUCUCAAACAUCAAGAUUUUCCAUUUUUAGUGUGCUUCUCAUCACGUUUUUUGAGCGAUUUCCGGUGAGUUCAGUGUUUUCUGCUGUUAGAGUCCUCAUCUGAGGAGAGAAGAAACACCAGGAACAGUUGGGAAACAGUUUUUAAUGAUCUUUUUUGCUCUUUUUCAACUUUUUACAGACUAAAAGGUGUGAUCCAUUGAUCCAAAAUAUAGUAAGCCGAUUCAUUGCAAAUGGUUCUUCAUUGCACUGAAACUAUGAUGCUGUGGAAAAGUCAUAGACAGUGUUUUAGCCGUAUCAGGAGAAUAUCCACAAGAACAAAUGCAUGAAUUGAGCUCCAAAGUAUCAGUAUACGGCUUUUCUUUUAGCUUGAGAAGAAGUUUGAUUUAAUGUCUAAAAAAACUCAACAAGACUUUCUCAAGCUGUGGACGUGCUUUCAGUUUCCAAAAGUAGAAUAUGAGUACUUUUACCCUGUUCUCAAAUGUGUAACCUUAUGGAACCGAAAAGUUUGCUAGAUGAAGGGAAACUCUUCACAAAGGGAUCUGAAUCGACCGUCUAAUUUCUAUACGGUAAUGUCCCUUUUCAUUGGUAUGGAGGGUUAGAGACUUAUUACUGUAAAAUAACACUACCCGAACUGAUCCCAUGAAGAAAAUUUAGUGAAAUGUUUGGUGCAUAACCCUCGAAUAAAACCCUUUUUGGAGUAAAUUUUUGUUAGUUAGUGUGACAGCAGAAGAAAGCAUUUAUCUGUUUCAGGUUUUUCAUGGAAACUUUGCCCUGGGUGUUUUUAACCCACUCCGUCUUGUGAAUGUCAUAAAAUUCAAUCCCAAAUUGAUGCAAUGGAAACUAAAGUCACAUUUUUCUAUUCUUAAUCAUGGGUUUCCUAGAAGAGGGAUGCUGGGAUAGGAGCAUCAUCAUGUGCUUAUUUUUGGGUCAGGUCGAACAGAUGCUCCUCACAGACACAGACGCUCUGCUGUCAGGACAAACCCACAGUCCACCGCCGAGUUGUGUUGGACCAAAGGGGUUCACCUCUCUCUGGGGUGCAGGGCAGUGUCAGUCAGUGCAGGGUGCUGGGAGCGGUGAGACUGUAAAAUUAGAAGGAUAGAGAGGUGAGGAGAUUUUGGUGGUUUGUUUAAAAGUAGAUGCUUGUUUUAAUUUUAUCAUUUUUCCGAGGCGAUAUUGUUGCCGUGCACAACAAAAGGAUUUAAGGGUUCAAAAGAGGGACAUGGUAACUCUUGUUGCCUCAAACAUCUACUGAACAAACGGAAGGAAUCAGAUCGAUAGUUUUUCAAUAUUUUGAAAUAUUUGAGGAAUUUAUUUUUAGAGGUAAUUUCUCAAGAAUCUUCAGACUUCUUAUUCAGGCUUUUUGUAAAUUCUCUCUAAAAGGAAAUGUGAUCUCUGUUGUUGGUACAAAUGCAGGUCAUUUUUUAAUUAAUCUUUUAGUUUAAAAAAAUGUUGAGAAGUAUUUAAAAUUGCCCAUCAUAGGUACCUGGAGCCCACUUUGACAUCUGUAAAUGUCCCGUUUCGUCUGACUCGCUGCACCUUGGCCAAAGAUGAUCAAUAAACAGUUGUGACAAAUACAAAGAAAGCCUAAUGUAAGACACUGAAACCAUUUUAUCUAUUUUGAAAAAAAUUCAAUUUUUUCCUGAUUUAUUUUUGGUCAAUUUUACCAGAAUUCUUUGAAUUACUGAGAAUAUUUCCUGCAUAUGGAUUCAAUUAGGCGUGAAUCAGUUAAUUUCAACAAAAAACAACCUUAUUUAAACAAUUUAAAGCACUUGUGACUUCUUGAAUGUGUCAGCUUCAUAAAGUUUUUUUGACCAUGGCUGCAUUCCAAACAGUGGGAUCUUUAUUUGUCCCCUUGAUCCACCAAACCGCAGAACAUCAUCAUAGAACUUUUUGUUUAGUCUUUAGGAAUUAGUUUAGAAUAUUAAUGUUUGAACAAAGUCUUUGCGUGUAAAUCAUGUCUAUUAUACCAAUGCAGCAUUGCAGGAUAUUCUGCCACUGCAGGGGCUGAUUCAAAUGGUGGCGUGGGCCCCUGUGGUAAUCUUAUUGGCCCACCCUGAACUAAGAUUUGCUGGUAGGGGUGUGUGAUAUAUUGUAUAUUAGGGCCCGACCGAUAUGGAUUUUUUGGGGCCGAUGCUGAUACCGAUGAUUAGGGGGGGAAAAAUCUGAUUACAGAUUAAUCGGCCGAUUUUUUUAAGUUUUAAAAUUUUGUUAAUUUAAGUAAUUUAUCUACAUGGCUGCUUUUGAGCCUUUUAAACACUUCUUCAAAGAAUUAAAUGCAGGAAACUCAUUUCAAAUCCUUUUUAUUACUAAAAGAAUGAGAUAUUUUGUGUAACCUGCAAACAGUUAAGUUAACUUCCAACUCAAAAUGAGGAACAAUCGAUAUACUGUAGGCUACUGCUCUUCACACCGACAGGAAGACCGACUGAUCAUCUCAGUAAUAUUCCACAUAUUUAUCAUGAAUCAAACUCGGACCAGAAAAGCAUUUUUACAUCAAUGACAACAUCUAUUAUACAAUCAACAAAAGCGAGUCACUGCAUUGCGAGGUUACAAACACUUGAAAGAAAUUAUUUAAACAUUUUUGGGGGACUCAAAAUAAUGUUAUUUUUCCCCCUCAUGAGACAAUGCUUCAGGAGGGCCACCCCUGUUCAAAAGACUGGAUACGCCCCUGCUCUGGGUCUCGGCCCUCUGCUGCUGUAACAUGAAUGUAACCCACAGUUCACUCAAUCAUGAAGCAUGUGGCUUUUCUACAGCUCAGCGUCGUUCUGAUGCACAGAAAUGUUUUUCCGGGGUCAUUCAGAAGAAAUCACACCAUGCAGGUUUCUGAUUGUGUAAGCAACUCUCAGGUUGAUUCAUUUGGGGGAUUUCAGUAUCAAAUCUGACAUUUGUCGAACUUUUUAUAGAAUUUCAUACCUGCCGUGGCAGACCUGGUUUCUGAAAGACCUGCGUGACAUUCAGACUUUUACUACUGGUAUCAGUGACGCCUCCAGACUGAACAAACUGAGGGGGCCGUGCUGAAAUCCUCUUUAUCUUUACAAGAAUAAAAGGACAAAACGUGGAGCGUUCUCAUUCUGUUUGCUGAUCAUUCGGAUUCUGCCUCACGGAAGGUUUUUGUCGAAAGGGAAAUUUUAAAACAGUUUUCCAAAUGUACAGAAAAUACUUGUUUAUACCAUAAUAAGGAUGUUUGGCUCAGCUGUUUCUACUUUGUCUGACUGAGUCAACCACAUCAAUGAAGGGUUGUCUCACGGCAAGACCUACUCACACUAUACAGAGAGGAAACAAUGACUUUUUUAGUAUUUAUUUUGAAUUCUUAAUAAGAAAAAUCUUCUUAUUAUUUGAAUUUAGUUCCUCUUGUUCCUUACUGGGUUUUAUUUGGAAAUAAACUUUGUGUUAGCGUUCAAGUGACAGGCUGAAGUCACUUUUUAACCCUUUCACGUUAGUUAAUCAUGCCUUAUUUUUAUUAAAAAAGAUUCCUCUGCUAUUAAAAAUUAACACUGAUUCUCUUUUGUUCUUCCCAGGGAGAAAAAACAGAAAAUUCACGAUAUUAAAAACAACAUCAAAGAAGCUAUAGAGGUAAGAAACGGACCCUGAAAACCUGCUUGGAUGAGACUUUAGAUCUGAGAUGCUUGAAUGAAACUUUCCCACCCUUGAAUUGGGUGCUGAGUUUGGAUGUUUGCUAACUGCUAGUUGUGUAUUUCCUCCAUAGUACAGUCUGUUCGUAACAAAAGGUGUUGUGUCUUUGUCUGGCCAAAUCGCACUGUAAAACAUUUCGUAAAAAUACAAGUCAUGAUAAAGUAUAUAAGGCAUCUCUUUUCUCUUACAAUUACAUAUUUAAAGAAUCUACUCAAAGAUCUUUUUUUGUGUUUGUGCUGAUCGUCUCUUCUUUUGUUGUGACAGACAAUUGUUUCUGCCAUGUCCACGCUCACACCACCAUGCCAGUUAGCCUGUCCCGCAAACCAGUGCCGAAUCGAUUAUGUCAUGAACCAAAUAAACCAGAAGGACUUUGAGUUUCCUACGGUAAGUUUUGAUUCACCUUUUCUUUUGAACGUCAGAGAUAUGCGAAUAUUUGGUCUCAUCUUUCUAAACCAGAAACCCCCUUUUCUGAUUGUAUCAGAGAACAAAUUUAUAAUAUAUCAGGGUAACUGCGUCCAACUCUUCAUGCUUCUACCACACUGAAUAUUUCCUUGUCGAGACCAUAUCGAGGGUUGUAUAUAAAGCUUUAUUUCAAGAAUUAAAAUGCUACAUUGGAGGCAAUUUCACAAAAAAAGGGAUAAAAUGAUAAAUUAAUGAUGCUUUUUCUCUCUCAAAAUCAAAGGUCGACUUCAUUUUGACUCUGUAAUGUCCAGAGAGAAAUGAGUUAUCUGUUCAUAUUCCCGUCCCUUUCUUUUGAAGGUGAUAUUUCAGGAACCUUUGGAGGAAAUAUGUUUAAGUUUUGCAUACAAGUCUGUUUCAAAGUGAUGAUGACCUGAUUAGAUUUUAGCUGCCAAAGGCCAAAUUCACCUGACCUGCAGUGUCAUGGAGGAUUAAACUACAUCUGGAUUAGUAACAUGUUUUUCGUCAGGAAGAGUGAUGCUUUCUGGGAUCUGUUGUUGGACAGUCUUUUGUUGCUCAACCUUUCACUUAAAGGGAUAUUCCGGCGUAAAAUUAAUUUAGGGUCAAACACACAGUAACACUGAGUUAGACACCCCCUCCAGAGAUGAAUGUUGCCGACCGCUUGCUUCUCUAGUUAUACCAACUUUAGUAACUACCGCACGAUAGCAAUACACAGCAGUCUGGGGAGCCAUAAACAAACCUCAACCAAAACGCCACUCUGUAGCCUCAAAUAAUGCUCAGAACAGCACCUAACUUCAUCAACAAUACAUAUAGGGUCCCAGCCAUAGUACUAGCCAUCAAACAUCUUUUUAACUUUGACUAAUUUCUUGAGCAAAGAGACUAAACACAACUCACCUACUCUCUUCCAGCAGCCGCUUGUUUGUAGCGAGACCUCGGGCCAGUCCAUUACGGACUACAGCGGGGUGACGCAGCUCAAGGAAGAACAUUUAUGAUCAUUACUUAAUCUUUUCCUUGAAGUAAUAAUCACCAUAUUAAUCAUUUUGCACUGCAGAUGCUGUAGUUCUUCUGCCUUAGCGUCUAGGUCUGAUUGUAUUUCCAUGAAGAAAUGUUGUUGGCAGAGUGUCCUCCUAAAAUCACAGAGAAACAUAGAAAGAGACAGAUGUCCUCUAGCGGGCCGUCCCUCCUACAUGUACAUUCAAGUUGCGGUUUGAAUUCUCAUGCGUAAUGUAAACCAUCUUAUUAUAUAUGCAGAUAAAAGAGCGAUGAUGAAAACCAGCUGCAAAGUUUACAACCAUGGUUUUUAAAAUAAAUAUGAGUGUUUGCUAUAUUUUUGUUAUGAAAUCGGUCUCAAAGUCUGAAUAUUUCUGCUAGUUGAUGUCACUGAGCUCACGGCCUCUGAAUCCAGUAGAUUCCCCGGUCUGGUGUGCUGCAGGUGAGUCAGAUUCCUCACACGGCAGCUCGCUGUGUUUGCUCAGCGACUGAGUAAUUAGCAGGUGUGCUUCCGCUUGGGAGGCCGUGAAUUGAAUGAGCCUCUCACCUGAGAGAUCCACACCGCCUAUUAGCACUGAUUGUCUGUAAUAACCCUAAAUGCAUCUGGAGGGACCUGUCCUCCACAAACACAGAGACUCAGGAGGGUUCCUACCUGAGCUGCAGUCUGAUCCCAGAAGCUUGUUAGAGACUCACUGCAGGUCCCACCGCUGGACUAUGUAUUAAUUCAAUUACCGAAGUCUUCUGGGUGUUUUUUAAUUUUAUUUUAUCAGAAGUUAAAAAAAAAAAAAAAACUACAAUACUAACUUAUUUUUACACCUUCAGGAGGUUGUAAUUCAUUCUUAUAUUGUUUUGAAUUUGGCUGCUAACAUAGUCUUUGAAAUUUCAGGAAAGUCGCUCGUUUUGAUCUCAAUCCAGUUUAUUUUCUUCUCCAAAAUUUAGGAAGUGCACUCCACUGAAUAGCAAUAAAACCAGGAGUUGAGUUUGUUUGAGUCAUAUCUGCAGGAAGACUGAAGCUUUACUCAGCUGGAGUUUCUCAGUCAGUUGCACUCAGAGUUUGUACAGUGUCAAAAAAGGUCAAAUGACCAAGUCGUGUCCUGCUGUAGCAAGAGAUAUAUAGAGGUGCACAAUAUCGGAUGUUUGCUGAUAUUCUGUAUGCUGCGUUUUUAAAACUCAUUUUGGUCCAUACAGAUAUCGGUACCAAUACUGAUACUGUUAUCAAUACUAGUACCAGUCCAAGUCCAUCUUUAGCUUGAGGAAGCCAGAAUCUUCCACUGGGUUAAAGACCAAUAGGCUGAUAUUUGUAAAACAGAAACCAUUACUGAUACUGACAUACCAAUACUGAUAUUAAUUUCCUGAUACCGAUAUUGAUACUGAUACUGACACUGACAUUAAUACUGAUACCAAUCCAGGUACAGCAUUAGCAUGUGAAAGCCUGUGUCCUCCACGACAUUAAAGGAAUUUAAUUCUGAGAUUUUUUUUGUGAAGCUCUUUUGCUUUUAAGUGGUCGGUGUUUUUUCUGUCCUUUUCUUGAAGCCAAGAAAGCAAAUUUUGCAGAUGCCUUUUCAAAAAAAUUUUUGAAGAAAUUUUUUUUUGCAUUUGGUAGUGUGCAGAGGUUGACAGAUGAUAGUUUUUCAGCAGCCGAUACCAAUACCAACGCAGAGUGAGCAGGUCGGCCUAUGGCCAUGAUAUAUUUAUAUUUGUUAACUUUCCUUUUUUGCAUUUGAGAAAAUACAACAUUUUAGCGACACUCAUACUGGGAAACAAAAUUUCCAAACAUAUGUAAAAAAACUGAAGAUGGAAAAAUAUUUAGCUUUGUAAAAUUUUGCUACAAAGGAAUUCUGGAAGUCUGUCCAGCCAUCUUAGAUUAUCAAAAAAAAGGAAAAAUAUCAAGGGUUAAUUUGCAACCACAACAAAAAAUAUUAUUAUCAUUAUUUCAUUCACAUGAAAAUCAAACAUUCAUGGUUAUCUUGACCUGUAGUGUAUUUUAAAAGGAUUUUGAAUGAAUUUAGAGAACAUGAUGGUGAUAUCGGCCUUAUUAGAGCUGAUAUCGAUGUGAUGCUGAUUACUAAAAUAAAUGCCAAUAAUCAGCCCGAUUAAUCAGUCUAUUUCUAAAAGUGUCAAAGGACUGUUGUUUCACUCCUCCUAGUACCACCUGUCUUUAUAGGGCUUAGCAAACACAUCGGCACCAAUAUUUGACUUUUUAAGCUCUUCUCUGUGUUGCUAAUAUCAGUGUAAUGCUGAUGACAUUGUGCAUCCCUCAAUAGUACAGUUAUAUUUAGUUAUAUAGUUAUAGUUUUGUCAGUCACUCCCACCAGUUUAGUUUUCAGAAACUUCUCAGUCAGUGUGACAUUAAUCUUUUUUACACUAAUUAUCAAUGUUUAAUUUUACAAGACAUUUAGAGCAGCAAACAUGUUUUGUUUAUGUCUAAUUUUAAGGAAUUUCAAAAAGUACUUCCGAUUCAAUGACGGUCCCAAAACGUGGGCUUGCUGCUUUAAAUGCUGUACAAAAGUGAGCAUUAAAAAGUAGUGUUAGUCUGUCGGUGGAACAAACUUUCAGAGAAAUUCAUCAAACUGAAGGACGGGAUUUUUAACUUUUCAUGUACAAACUGAAAAAAGAAAAGAGCCGGGAUCUUUCUCUGACUUGUUAAAUUGUACGUCAGCUGUUCUCUGAUUGUGGAAAGGUUUCAUGUAGAGGAGGAAGAACACCAUGUCUUCCCUGUCUUUUUUUUUCCCAGCAGGAUAGUUUCAGUGUUUACACUGCCUGUUUCCAGUGACGAGUGUGUGUAUUUGUCUGUAAGCAAAAAGAAGUCUCCUGAUAAUGUCUCUGUUACUUCACGGCAAAUUUAUCAUGCAGGCUGGUCUCGAGCUGACCCGUCCCUCAGGCUUUUGGUUGGUUUGUAGACUUCCACUGAAGACCUGCUGCAGGGUCUUCCCAAAAGGACUAGCUCUGACUCUGGGUCUGGAACUUUGCUUGUUUGUUCUUGUGAGGUGUAGAGAAUAAAUUUGGAGUUAAAGUAAAGUUGUAAAAAAAAAAAAAAAGUGAUCAGAAUCAAAAAGUUCAGACUCUUCUUAUUGAAUCAGACUGAAUCUUCACAGGAGAAAAUGAUCUGGAGCUCAGCCUCUUCUCCUCCAGCUCCUCCUCCUCCUCCUCUUUCUCAGCUCCCCCUCCUCUGCUGCCCUCAGGGCUUACUGGAAACCAGUUGGACUGGUUGACUCUGCUUUUAGCUGAGGAGGAGGAGGAGGAGAGACAGAGAAAGAGCACAAGGCCUGAAUUAAACCUCUUCAGUUGUCAUCCAUUUUUAAUUAUUAACCCUUGUAGUUAUUGUUCGGUAAAACUUUUUAUUCGUGGAAUGUACUUCCUCAUCGUUUCAAACUGUUGCCAAGACUUUUUUAUUCCUUUGCCCUCCACUGCCACCUGUCUUGAGCUCCUUUGCUCCCAGCAUGCAGCAGUGCAGAGACAAGUCAUUGCAGUCGAGUCGGUUUUAUUUACUGUAAAUAUGUCGAUCACAAAUUUGCUUCAAAGCGCUUUACAACCUUCACAAAACAAAAAACAAACAAGAAAAACUAAUUCUUUAGAAGUUCUCGGCAAAGAGAAACUCGAAAACAAAACUGCAAAGAAAAAUAAGGGGAAAAAUUCAGAAGUUUGAGACUCAAACCAGGUAUAAAUGUAGUUUUGUACUCUUUAACUUCCAGCUGACUGGUGCUUUGAAGGAUAUUUGUUAAUCCGCUAACCAGUCCUCAUACUGAUUGAUGGACUUAGUCGCCCAUCAGAUUGUUUAAAAUGAGAGAAAAAUUGUCUUUUACUCUCAGUUUUAAUAUUUGAAGCCUGACACAGUCUCAGCUGUUGCCUUACAGACUCCGUUGAGUGUCUUUUCUUCAGUUCAGAGUAACGUCUCACUGUAGUUUUGAACCCAGUCCAUGGCCGUCCCUAUUCUUAAACUUUCACUGGGCAGCACAACCACAUCAAGAGGCAUUAUAAAGUAGCUUUCCUCCUUCUCCUCUUCUUCUUCGUCCUAAGUCAAACUUUUUGAAUUAUACAGCAAGCCACGAAUAAACUUUAUGAUGGAAAACAGUUCCCCUUUUAAUUGUAGAACUUUCAAAGGAAAGCAGAUGGUGAAGUCGACCUUCCUGACCUCCUCAAUCACCGGCUGGAGGUCGAUGGAGUUGGAAAUUUGAUCUGUUCGGUCAGUGAUCUGUUACCAUAGACUGUAUAUAGAAUGGACGCCAUCUGCCUCCUCACUGGGUGGAGCCACUGCGAGAACAGCACCCUCUGGUGACGGGCUGUGGUAUAGAUCAUAAAUCCCGCCUCCUCUAGCAAUCCCUAUGGAGCCGUGGACAAACUUUAGAAAUGGUUAGAUAGGGCAAAAGCAAGUCAGUCGAGUAGAAUUGGUACGGCUUCGCAGUUUCGGAUAAAGGGCGAACCACUUCCGGCUGCAAAGUCUGUCUGAAGGCAGUAUCAACGAAUUCAGGAGUAAAAAUUUUUUUUUCAUAUUGGCGUUUAAUCCACACGGAAACAGCGUUUCGGGUGACUGUAAAUGGUGCUUUUUGAAAACAGGUCAGAGAGUGCAUAAAUCUGUAAACGACUACCGUCUCAUCUCCGUGUGGAUGACUAUCUGUAACUCUUUUGUGGCGCCUGUGCGUGUCCGGCCAAAACAACCUUUAUACACAUGCUCUGUACUCUUCUUCUGUCUUUUGUGCAUUUCCUCUGCAGUGUUACAGCGCUACGUACUGGCUUGGCAUAUGCACUACAUCGUUUUCAGUGGUUUUGUUUUAAGAAAUGGUAGAAAAACUUUUUAUUUGUGAAGUUGUCACUGAAUUAAAAAACGAAAUUGAAAAUUGAGUUUUCAGAGAAAAAAAUAGAUAUUUUAUUUUUGGCCAAAAUCGUGCAGCCCUAUUUUGAACCUAACAGUACCAAGUAGACUGAGGCAAACUGGUCGUGGUGCAGGUACAUGAGCAUUACCAGUGCUUGAGUUUUUGCUGUCCCCAUGACAAGAAUAAGAGAUGUUUUCAAAAGUCUCCACAUUGAGGGCCAACCUCCUUCCUCAGAGACCUUAAAAAAAUCAAAGUUUUCAUAGAUAUCCAUAUAGGUGUGGUGGAUGGGGUCAAAGGUUAAGUGUACAGCUGACUUCACUGACAGUCAGGCACGUUAAAACUUUUUGUCAUGGAGGCUAAAGGUCCUCCUCAAUUCCAGCUCUCGACCUAAAGUUAGGUUGACUCAGAAUUUCCAUCAACAGGCUUGGUCGACGUCACUGAGACAGUGUUUAUGAAUGAUGCCUUGGUUUAAAAUUUCUGUAUUAUAGUCUGAAAAUUUUCAGUCAACACCUGAUCUGCAGUGUCACUUCCCCACUGAACUCACAGCUUCUGAAUGUGUUUCUGUUUCUGAACAACACGCUCGUCCUCGACUCUGAAGUGGAAUAUUUAAAAUUUCUACUGUUCCCUUCGACUCGUAAUGGCUGAUUUGUGGAUGUGACUAAGCGAAGAUUGUACUGAGGAGAUCGGCCCCUGCCUGGUGACAGCCAGACCUUGUGUCAGUACAAAGCUGUCCGUUUCUCCAUGAACUCAGUGAACUGUUCUGUUUCCGGCCUCAGUCAGAGGCCUCUCAUCUGCUGCUCCUCUCCGAGCCGGCCUUUAACUACAAACUACAAACCCCUCCAUCUGUCCUCCAACAUCGUCACAAUAAGAUGAGAAAUCUGGUUUUAAACAUUGAAUACAGAUUUCUUCUAAAAAUACUAACAAACUAUUUCUGGAUUGAACAGAUUCGUUCAUUAAUGCGUGGACUCCAUCUUCAGCUCAGUGCAGUUUAUGUCUAAUCAGGGACAACUCCACUAUUUAUCAGAGCUGGAGAUAAUCACUAUUUUUCUGGGUGAUGAUCAGCUGAUCAUUUUUUCAUGACCAGCCUCAUCCUACAUGAAAUAUCAGCAAGUGGAGUACAGCGUCUUUUCUAAUUUCACACAGCCUAAGAUGAGCUCCCUAAAUUUCCUCUUUCGCCUGAUCGACAGUAAAUUUCUCGAACCCGUUUAGCUGACUCUCAGGUACGACAAACAGAAGUAGGACUGGGCGAUUAUAUAACUGUGAUAAAUUCCACUUCGAUCACGGUGAUCAGCUGUGAUUAUAUUGACUCGAUCAAACAUGGCGGAAAUCUGCAUGACAUGAGCGUUUCUACAUUUUUUGUAGCUACUGUUGAGUAAAAAUGUUUUUGAGUGACGAUAUUCAGGUGAGAUUAUUGUAUAAAACACGAAGACAAUAUUUGGCUUUUACCAUUUCGUACUUUUUAUGUGUGAUUGUAGUUUGAGGCUCGCAGGCCUGGAGCAAAAAGACUAGGGCCUUCGAACUGCGAACUUCUGAAUGAGUUAUUCCCCUCCGUCAACACGUAGAGAAGAACUGGCUAAAAUCAGAAAAGGACAGCGUCAAUGUUACAUGAAGUUUUAAAAAGUUGAACAUUUUCCAAGCGCUUAAAAUCUGGUGUACCAUAAAAAAUAAAUAAGAGGUGAACUUGCGUUUUUGUUCAGAGGGUAUUUUCAGUAACAGUUCUAAUUUUUACUCUUUAUCCAAAUAUAAAAGAUUAAAAUGACAUUGUUUGAAGGAUGUCAUGUCGGACUGAAGCUGCUGUUUUCUUGGAAACCUUCUUGUUUUACUCACACAUCCACUUUUCCCCUCGCUCUGUUUGGGAUAUCAUAUCUUUAUUUCAGGGAACCGUAAACAGGAGUCUGGCUCGCUGUUAUUUCGAGUGGAGGUAUGUUGUUAAUCCAGACCCCUCUGUCUCUUUCCAGGAGUUUUACGACCAUUCAAAGACCCUCUGGCAGGAUGAGGGUGUGCGGGCCUGCUGGGAAAGAUCCAAUGAAUAUCAACUCAUCGACUGCGCACAGUAGUAAGACUCUAUUAUUUAUUUAUUUUAUGGUUUUCCUUUUUUCACUCUCAUGCAUUCACCUGAAAUCAAAGUUGUAAAUCAGUUGUAAAACAUAAAGCUGGUGAUGAUGUGGGAUUGUGUUGAUGUCAGGGGUUGAAAAAAGUAGUUUUUUAUUUUUCUCAAACAUCUAAAAUUCUUCAGGUUUUCUGUUUUUGGUGCUAUUUUUGUCUUCUUAGUGAUGAUGCAUUUACAGCAGAAGAAUGAUGAUGAUGUGAAGUGAAGUUACAACAAACUGCUCUUCUUCUUCUUCACUAAAAUGCUGAAACAGAGUGGAUAGUGUGGCCCAGAUGUUUUGUGUAGGUUUCAGCUAUGCCCGGGUCAUUUCCCAUCUGUCAGUCCAACACCUCCGUCCGGACUGAAUUAUAUAUCUCCACAUCAGCUGCAUGGAUUCCCACUGAGUUUGAUGCAAAUUUAAGAUCUACUUGACUUGUGACAAUCCAGGGCUUCUGAGUUUUUAUUUCACACUUUCUUAAACAAGAUCACUUUUGUUGUCCUUCUUUCUCAUAUUUACCGUGAAGUUGUUUUGGGCGGUAUGAACAAAAUCUUGUAUCACAGUAUGAGUGAUUUCAUAUCAGGGUAACGGUAUAUAUCACGGUAUGUUUUUUCACCCUGUAAAUUCAAUUUUCAUUUGUUCAUUGUCCUUUUGUUUUUAAACUCAGAUUGGUUUACAAAUGCAAACAAAAUGUCAAACCAGUCUGGACAUAUUUUAUCAUAUGGCGUACCUUUGGCGAACGACUCUGCCAAGAUCUUUUGUACAAGAGGGGAUGCUGCAGCUUUAGUUUUUAGUGCAGCAGGUGCGCCACGCAUCUUUUGGCUCUCAUCAUAGAGCUUGACGUGUUUCAUCUUUAGGUGGUGGAAGAGGUUGUUGGUGUUUCCUCCUCCAGCAACGACAGCCACACAACACUCUUUGCGUGGUAUCGUUCUUUGAUCAUUGUCGGAUUUUCUAAAUCCGAAGAAUCCCCAGACAACCAAUGUUGCGACUUGCGCCCUCUUCCACAUGUUGGUUGGGUCGGGCUGCCUCUGUUGUUGGUAUGAAAGUGAGCAGAACUGUUUUUACUUUGCUGCCUUUUGAGAAUUUGUCACUUUGUUGCUGUAUUUAAACUAUAAGUCAAUAAUCAUGUUUAAUCUAUCCUGAAUUCUUGAUCUGACUCAGCCUUCCUUUCUUGAACUCAUUGUGUCGUUUUGAUCUUCAUGCAAUGAGGAAAGUGCGCUGGGGUGUUUGCAGACUCCUGUGUUGUGCAUGUAUGCCCGUGUACAGUAUGUGGGAAGUAGUCGUUUGUAUUUGCAUAUAAAGCUCGCUGUGACUCUGAAGCAUUAUGCAUCAUUGGUUUUGUUUAAAUAUCCCCUACAGCUUUGACCUACAGUCAAACUCCUACAGAAGUGAAAAUCAGUUUGAUUGACAGUAGGAGGGUAAAGGGACUCGCAUUCAUACUGGAGAACCCAGUGUUGCCAGAUCUCCUGAGAGAAACAAGCAACAAGCUCUAUGAAAACAAGCCCAAAAUAAGACCAACAAGCAACCCGCCACAUUGUGUAAAACAAAGGCUGCUGGUUAACAGUAAAAAUAUAUACACUCAAUGUUCACACAGGAUGAAAAUGUUCCUUAUUAAUCUACUGAGUGUUUGCAGACAACUUGCUAAUACUUGGUAAUACUUUGCACGCACGCCCCACGGUUUUUGCACCCAUGUGCGCUGAAUAAGCUGAGACAUACUGAGUCCCAGGUAGCGCCAGGUAAAAAAAAACUAAUUUUGAAAGUUUAGCAGCUUUUAUUUUGUUGUGGCUGUGCACCGCGAUUAAUUACAUGUAAGGGAAACCCCACACAUUUAUUGUAACAUUAUGCAUCAGCAAUGGCAGAAUUUUAAUAAAAACAGUUAAUGUAAAAACUUUGAAUAACUUAAAUUUUUUGACUUUGAUGAAAAGAAAAGGGUUGGGUUGAUUUUUUUUUUUUUUUCAUAUUUUCCCCACUUACUCAAUCGGUCGGGCCCUUUUCACGAUAUAUCGUCAGAUGGACUCGCAGCCAUAGCCCACACAGAGCAGAAUAACAAACAAACAUGGCCGAAGGUAACGAAGAAGAUGUUUCUUUUGCUGCUGCUGUUUGCUCUGUGUAAUAAGAGUUUUUAACAAUUGUUGGACUUUUUUGAUGACAUUAGUUUUUUCCAUAACCUACCACUCAAACCUGUGGUUAAGAAUCUUAUUUGAUGACUCCAACUGGUGUUCACAAGACAAAAUGAGUCAAGAAUAUGGAUUGGAAUUAUAAUAGUCUUUAUCGUGACUUUUACCAUUAUCGCGAGAAUGUCAAAUCGUAUUGUGAUAAAUUUUUUUAGCCCAUAUCGCCCAUUCCUAUUUUAGUGUCAAACCUCAGUCUGAUAAAUAGUACCGAAUCACUAGAGCACCUCUAUUUGAGAAACUGCCCGGUGGUUGAAAGUUUAAAAAAAGUGAAAUUGUGUUUUAAGCGGAGCACAUGCGAACAUGUUACUGUGGGUGUAGAUGUGUGUUAGUGUCGCCUUCUCUGUAUGUGUUUCCGCAGGUGUUUUGUUGUCUUCAUGCAGGUCGCUGUGCGUUUUAUUUUAAAAGAAAGACAGUUUAUAAAAUGAUAUUUUAGGGAAGAUUCAUUUCAAAAAUAUUCUUGCAUGUAAAUAGAGGCAGAAUUAUUAAAAUAAGAAAGGGUUUGAAGAGACAGAAAAAGAGGGCUUCCCUGCAUUGCGGGACCUCUCUCCUCCUCCUCCUCCUCCUCCUCCUCCUCCUCCUCCUCUUCCUCCUCUCCUCCUCCUCCUUUUCUCCUCCUCCUCCUCCUCCUCCUCCUCUCCCACACCCAGCAGCUCCAGUGUUAUGGAUCAGAUGCUGGGCUGGGUGGCCAGACCGGAAGUGCUCCCCUCCCCCCUCUAUGUGCUUAUGUAAACGGAGAAGCAGAGAAAGAGAGAGGGGAGAGCUAUUUUUAACCCAGGCGGGCUGCAGAAGGAGAAAGAAUGAGCGAGUGUGUUAGCAGAGAGACAACUUCAGCAUUAUUGAUGAAGGUUGUUAGCAUUAAAUGAAAAUGUCAGGCCUGGAUCAGCUCAGGAAAAGUCAGGGCCACCCCACACAUUCCCGCCUCUUCCUUUUUCAUAAAACAUCAAUUAUAUCAUCUGAAUCGUGUCGUGAUAAAAAUAAAAAAGAGAAGAAGAAGAAGAAACUGACGGGCGGUGAUGCUUUUCUGUCUCUGUCUGAUGAAGAGGAAGUCAGUGGAGCUUCCCUCGCUGUGUUUUUGCUCGGUCAUGCUCUUCUCUGAUGCGUUUGUUGGCGUUGUUUGUUCAUUAAAACGUACCGGCUCCUUUACUUUUUGUUUGGAGGGAUGUUUUAUGUACUGGUGAAUCCAGUUUGAGAGGCGUUGUCUUGGUUGCAUUGCAGUACUUAUGAUUGAGACCAUAAAGAAUGUUGAAUAGCAUUCAUUUAGCUGCAUUUCAGUCUCUUGGUUCUCGCACUGACACCAGCUGAGCAGUGAGAGGGGCGCAGAGAUAGAUGUAAAGAGAGGAGGAGUUUGCAAAAGAUGAAUUAUUUCUCAUAACCUGAUAGAAUUUAUUAAUUAAUGUGGCCUAUUUGCAGCUAAUGUGACCUUUUUCCAAUAAAACGUCUAAAAUGUCUGAAUAUAGAGCUGUGCCUUUUGCUAAACAACUGUCCUGGAUGUAACUUCAAAAUAAAAGCAUUGUGUUUAAAUAAGAGGAGUCUCAGCAAACACAGAGGUUGAGCGUUUAUUGCUUUUUAGCAGAGUAAUUAUUGCGAAUGCCCAUAUACAUCAAAUCUAAAAGAAUAUACGGUGUAAUUACCCUUUAAAAAUCCCUUUAAAUUAUCUCUAUCAUUCUUUUUUUUUUAAUCCUUCUGCAUGUGGCAGGUAUUUAUUUUGGUUCCUGCUUGUAACAGAAUCACAGAUAAUACAGAACAAAUGCAGCCCUCAUCUCAUGACGGUUUUGUGUGUCGGCUAGCAAUGGGCAAUAUGGUCUAAAAAAUUUACCACUAUAAGAUUUGCCGUUCUGGAGAUAACGAUAAAAGUCCUGAUUAAAAAAAUAUUAUAAUUCGAAUCCAUAUUUUUGACGCAUUUUGUCCUGAGAACUCCAGUUAGAGUAGUCAAAUAAGAUAGUGGUAGGUCAAUGAGAAAUCUUAUGACAUCAAACAAGUCCCAAAUGUGAAAACGUUUUCAACAUUUGUUAAAAACUCUUAUUGCACAGAGUGAACAGCAGCAGAUCCACUGUCCGACGGAGGAAAUCCCUAAUGUCAUCAACUUGCAUUUAUCGUAUUUAUCAUAAGAUGGCAAAUAUUUAUCAUGGAGCAUUUUUCUGACGAUAUAUGAACAAUAAUUAAUCGCCCAUCCCUGGUGUCGGCACGCCAAAAAACCAAGAUGUUCUGAGACCAUCAUGCAGCCUGAUGAGCUUCAGGGUUGGGUACAGUCCACUAAGAAAUGCUAUCAAGAUCAGGGUUACUGUACCAAACCGAUCCAAACUGUAGGGAACCAGAGUAGACCAGCUGGUGGAAUCGCACCAUUUGAUUCCUAAAUAAAGACUCUGGUAAGAACUGCCGUGCAUCGUUAUUUAUUUAAGUUUUUUUUUUUUUAGGGUUGAUUUUGCCUUUAUAGGUAGGACAGUGUGAAAUUUGGGGAGAUAGAGAGAGGAGGGGGUAGGACAUUCAGCACAUGGUCGGGGCCAGACUCAAACCCACGACUGCUGCAGGGGCCGCUAACCCACUCAGCCAUCUGAGCACCCCAAAAAACUGUUAAAACGUAAAUAAUGGAAUGAUCAAAAACAAGAUUAGUUUUUUAAAUUCAACAAUAAAUCAAAAUUGUAAAAAAAAAAAAUUUGACAAAUGUAUAAAUUUUAAGUGAUGUGGAUAUCAGGUGAAAAUUUAUGGAAGCCCUUCCUGAGAAGAUAAUGUCAGGUCACUUUUGUUCUGUACUUGUUGGCUGAGAGUAUGAGAGUGCGUGCAGAAAUGUGUCAGCAUGUUUUUUGGGGUAUGGAAGAAAGAAACUCCAAAUCUUCCCCAAAAGACACCCCAAUAUUUUCCCUAAGUUGACAGAAAAAAACACAAAUCGACCUAAAUAUCACUGCAUCACAUGUCCUCCGGUUAUCAGUUGAUUCUCUCAAGUCUGGUCUCAGGGAUAAUGUGCCAUCAUGUGCCGGAGUCCCCCUGAUUUACUUCUCCGACAUCCUCCCCUGAGCCUCUUUUCCUCCUCACCCACCUCCCUCUGUCUCUCUCUGUGUAGUGGUGUUUCUGCAGGGACAGAAAAUGGCUCGGAUUGAGACUCUGACUCAUCGCAAAGAGAGAGGGAAUGAGGGGAGAGAGGGGAGACGAGAAACUGAUUUUUUCUUCUUUUUUUUUUAGGGAGGGGGUGUAGUGGUGUUGGUGUUCAUUCUCGGUUUAAAGUGAGUCUGAACAUGUUUAGGUUUUGAACGUGCUCUCGCGGUGCCCUCGCCGUGCUGAUAGCAUGACUCAGGAGGUCGGUUUGGAAGUUUGGAGACGGCUCACAGGAGCUGCUCUAAUCUGACUGGAUUGUGAUUUUCUGAACGUGUUGUUUGUUCAGUGAUUGUGUUGUUCUGUCGUGUUGAUCAGCUGUGUAACCAGCUUCAUAAUAAUUUUGUUUUCUUUUACUAUUUUACAUUUCCUUCAUUUCUCCCCAGCAUAUUUAAUUUCUUAUCUUUGCUUUUUUUUUCUUUCUUUCUCUGAUUUUUUUUCCAUGUUACUUUUUUUUCUCCUUCAUAAGACAUUUUUUCUUUUCUUGGGCUCAUUUCCAGCUCUUAUUGAAUUUGAAAAACUCUAAAUCUAUAACAUUUUGUUUCCUUUCUGUUUUAUGACCCUUUUGUCUUUAUCGUUCCUGUCUUUCAAAUUUUAAGUCCAAGUAAAUUUUUUUUGUUUGUUUGUUUUUUCUUACAUGCAGCUCAGUCGUUUUUUUCUAUUUAUAACAAAAUAAAUGAGAUUAAAUAUUUUUCCCUCCUUAUCCAUUCUUUUUAAAGUAUUUUUAUUCCCCUCUUUUUGUUGCUCUUCCUUUUUUUCUUUAUCGUUUAAUUUUAAUGGUCUUUUAAUAUUUUUUUUAUCUCUUCUGCCCUUUUUUCAUUUCUUCAUUUCACAUUAUUCUCAUUUGUUUGUGUCAUGUUGUCCCUUUUUUUUAUUACAGAUUAAAUAAAUGAUCAUUUCUCAUUUUUUCAUCUUUUUUAUCUUUUAGUGUUUUUUUAAUGUCACACUUUUUUGGUUCAUCUUGUUCCUUCUUUGUGACUUUUAAUCUCGUUUUUAUUUCUGCUUUUAGUUCCUCUCUUUGAUUUUUUUCAUCCUUUUAUUUCUUCAUUUCUUCUUCUCCAUCUUUUUUUCACAUUUUCAUUCUUUCUCCGACUUUUUCCUUUUCUUUCUCUUUCCCACUCCAUUCCAUGCAUUUCUCCCCCUCUCUCUCUCUCUCUGUGUCUCUUUGUUCUCUUUUUCACUCCCCUCCCUCUUCUAUCGUUCCUCUUCCUUUUUUCUCUUUUGUCGCUCGUUCCUCUCUCUCGCUCUCUCUCUUUCUCUCUUUCUUUCUUUCCCUCUCUCUCUCUUUCUUUCUCUCUUUUAUUUUCUCUUCCCUCUCUCCCCGUCUGUCUGUCUCUCCCUCUUUCUGGCCUCACUCCAGUCGCACAAGAUUUGGAGCCGAUUGUCUAUUUAUAGCGCCUGUGGUUCUGUCGCCAUGACAACCAAGCUGGAGGCCAGGGCGCCGGGGAGCUAUUUUUGGAGCGGCGCUGUAAUGUCAGACACACACAGCCUCCUCUCUCUUUUCUUUCCUCGUCUUUCUCUUCCUGGCUCUAUCUCUCUCUCUCUUUCAUUGGAUGUUCUGUGUGUGUGUGUGUGUGUGUGUGUGUGUGUGUGUGUGUGUGUGUGUGUGUGUGUGUGUGUGUGUGUGUGUGUGUGUGUGAGAGAGUGUGUGCGUGUGUGUGAGAGAGAGAGAAAGAGAAAGAGUGUGUGUUUGAUUAAGGAUCGGCUGGUGUAGCUUUAGGUUUGAUCUGCUUGCAGAGUGAAGCGUAAAAAGAAGCAGUAAAGCUUCUCCGAUCGGCUCGAUCUUUUCUGCGUUAAAGAAGGAGUCAAAGAUUGUUUCAUGAUUUUACUUUUUAUCUGAUUUCAGGAUCUUCAAUCCACAAAAAAUCAAAUGUUUUUAUUUUUUUUUCAGUCAGGUUUUGCUCUCAUUUCAGCUCAUAUCUAGUCGUCUAAUUUAGCUGUGUGCCACGAUUCAAAGUCUUUACAAUAAAUGAGUUUUACGGUGAUCUGUGAACUUGUUGCUUAGAAGUCUCAAGAUCUUAUUUCCCCUUUAAAACUUAAGAAAAUAUCUGCUGUACAAAUUUUACAUAAAGCUUUACAUAAAUAUUUGGAAAGCAUCUCUGUAAGUUCAAGAAUCUAAAUCACUCCAAAUCAAGAGGCAAAAAAAAGUCGACUUACUUCUUUGGAUCCAGAUUUUUCAUUUUAGUUUUGGUUUUUUUUUAGAAUACACUAUUCUACUUUUUUAUUUUAGCAGUGUGCCCACAGAGGCCAAAUUCAACUCCUUGUAUCUGAACCAACGUCUGUAAUAACUCUGAUUCUUCUAAGUAUAAAAGAUGUGAUUAAAUGUGUUUUUUGGGGGGCAUUUGGAUGUUUUGCCCCCCUGUAGUCGACUUUUCAAGACCAGAUUCUUCGUAAACACGACUGCAUUUUGUCCCCAGGUUCUACCUCCGUGUUAAGAAUGUACCAGUAACAUUAAUAGUAAUCUAUUUUUUAUUCAGCGGUGACUCAUCCCAGAUUCAUGUCGGAGAUCCUCUUUUUAACCCUCCUACCUGUUGCCUGGUUUUAUUUAUGUAACACCAAACAACUGCUCCGCUUCAUUCGGAGCUUUCAGUCGAUUCUGCCGCCCUCCCAGUUUGACAGAGAUGUAAAAUUAGUCGUCUUUGUUCAUGAGAAAAGUCUUUGUUGGGGGGAUGAUUUCUGCGCUCCCUUUGAAAGCGGAUGAUGUAAACAUGAGAAUCAAAAGCUUGUUGAGGGUCUGAAGGACGUGAAUGGACUUUGGAAAGAGGCUCUUUUUUUUUUUUUUAGGGACACGAUCCUGUCCGCCAGGGCGUACGUGUGAAAGCGUGUGUGAUCAGCUGAGUUCCUCACAUUCAGGGCAAAGGUCUCCAGAUGUUGUUAGCGCAUGUUUCAACUCACUCGUGACUUUUUAAGACUAUAAUGUUGUAAAAGUUAAACAAAUGAGAGCAUUUUAAGCACAAAUAUUCAAUCAUGAUUUGAGAAUAUAACCAGGAACAUAACUGAGGUGAUUUAAAGUAGUGCUGGACGAUAAUUCGAUAACAAUAUAUAUCGAUCGAUAGACGUGUGCUGCGAUAGAAAAAAAACGGGUCGAUAAAAAAGUUCGAUAGAAAAACACAGUUUCCCUUUCUUUUUCAUCAUAGCCUAUCAUGUAGCUUUUGCUACAGUCAUUACUUCCUCCCAACCAAUCACAAACGCAGACCCAGGUACGCUACGGCACCAAGCCCAGCCCCUAUCAAACCACAACAGACAGCACGUGUAUUAGAAAAAAAUGAUACAGCAAGGAGAAGCGGAGGACAUUGUCAGUAGUUCACCAGCAUGGCAAUGUUUUGGUUUUUAGAAGUCUGACAAAAAGCGAACAGCGGUCGUUUGCAAAAUUUGCAGAGAAUUAGUAAAAACCAAGUCUGGUAACACAACCAACUUGUUUUACCAUCUAAACCGGUCGCACCCGCAGGAGUACGAGCUGUGUCGGCCGCGCCGCGGCUCCACGUCGUCGUCGGAGGAAUCCUCUGGAACCGCUGCCAGCACCAGCAUAAAGCAUGUGAAGCAGACCAAACUGGACUUCGUUUCUUGCCAAAAUACGACAAAGCGUCCGAGCGGCAUAAGGACAUCACCCAUGCAGUAACAUGCUGCAUAGCGAGGGACAUACUGCCAAUAACUACCGUUGAAAAGCCUUGCUUCGACCAGCUUCUAGCCACUCUCGACCCGCGAUAUGAAGUGCCCGGCCGCAAGUAUUUCUCAAACACAGCGCUUCAGGCAUGAAAAUAGGUCAGGGGUUGAAAAGGUGAGAAGAAUGCACCCCUGCAUCCCGUCCACUCAUUAGCUUCUUAAAGUGGAAGAAAAUGAGCUCAUAUUUUGCAAAGACGCGAGUAUUUGGAUCAUGGCUACUAGCAGGGGGUGCAUUCGGCAGGGGUGCAUUCUACGACACAACACCGGCGUGGAUAAGUCCUGCUUCUCGUGCUCAGUUUGCGUAUCAAGUCAAUCACAUGAUAAUUAAAAAAAAUAAAUCUCCCGACCCCGGGAGAAAUAUUUCAGUGUUCAGACACCAGGCUGUGGGCAGUUUCUCACACAGUUAAAACUGGUAGUAUGUUAUUCCCACCUAAAGCUAUUCUGUUUAUUUAUAUAUUUGUUUGUUUUGUUUAUUUUCAUCAAAAGACUAUUUAAAUAUUUAUUUAUCAGAUUUUCUGGUCACUUUAGUCUUUAUGUUUGUCAGUAUUUACUGACGUCACUCAGGCCCCUUAAGUUGAUUUCUUUUUUUUUUUUAGUUCUUUUUUAAAAAACUUUCAGUUGUGGUAAAAUAAAAAAGGUGGUUGAAUAAAGGUUUAAAUUUGAAUUCAGUGCUUCUGUGUUCUUUAUUAAAAGUAGGUCAUUAAGCAAUAGCAUAAAACAUCCAGGGCUGCAAUUAAAAUAUAUGUUAAAUAAUUAUAAUAAUUAUAUCGAUAAUUAUCGAUAUCGAUCAAUAUGAUUUAUUUUUUAUCGAUAUGCUUUUUUUCUAUAUCGUCCAGGCCUAAUUUAAAGUAUGUUGUAUAGCUAUCCCACGUAGUUUAGGGUGUGUUUACAGCCGGUAAACGAAGCUCAUAAUAACGUGUAAUCCAGCUUUACGUGUGCAGAGCAGAUGAGUCACGGCGCGGCGCGGCUCAGAGUAACCUAAUCCCAUGUGGAGCUGAAGAUGUAUACCUCACUGGGUCACAGUCUGGGUAAUCCUUUGUCUUUAAUGCUGCCACUUUAACAAGAUAAAUGCAUUAUGGGAGUGUGAGUAGAUUUAGUCAGUCCAGAUGUUGAUGCCGCAGUCUCUCACGUCGGCAUCUAAAGGGCUCAGUCAGAGCGGCUGUUUAAGUUCAGGGAAGACAAACUGAUCGACAUGCUCAGGUUGUGACAGAAUUUUAGAUGAGAAAUGUCAAUUUUUUAACACGUUUUAACCCUUUAAAGCCUGAAACCACAAAUUAUGGACAGAGAAUUCACAUUUUUUUGGAGCUAAAAUGUUUAUUUCACUUAAUACUGAAAAACCAAAUAAAUCAAAAUGUCCUUAAAAUUUAACAAAUAUAUUUAUUGAUCUCAUUUGGUACAUUAGAUGUUAUUAGAUCAUUUAUCGGACAGUAUUCAGGUGUUGUAUUUGUUGAUCAUAUUGAUUUGAUAGAAGUAUCAUAAAAGUAUGUAUCAAAUAUGAUACAAAAGGCAUUAAAGGGUUUUAUUUUAUUUAACCAGGUUUGGAGCAAUACAUGAUUACAACAAACAGUCACACAGACUCAAUACAAUAAACAAAAAUGUGAGGAAACAUCAGUGAAAACAGAGACAUUCUGAGAGUUUGUACUCCAACCUUUUUAACUGCAGAUUUAAAAACAGUCAAAGACUCCAAGUUUUGCAGCUUAAAUUCAGUCUGAAGAUUAUUCCACGCUGAGGGGGCAGAGAACCUGAAAGCCUUCUUUCCCAUUUCAGUUCAGACUCUGGGGACAACGAACUGUACAAAUCUCAAUGAUCUCAGGUUGUGUAAUCCGUCCUUUAAGAUCAAUAAGGAGGAGAGGUAGUCCGGGAUUUUUGCAAUGACCAAUCCGACGAGUACUUAAAGAAGUCCAACUGACUUUGGAGUAUAAAUACAGCUAUGAGUUAAAAAUCCACAAUUUGUUAUAAAUCUCAGAGCUCCGUGGUAAACACUGUCCAACAUUCACAGACUCUGGGCAAAGGCAUUCGUGUAUAAAACAUCACCAUAAUCAAGAGGAGGUAAGAAUGUCGACUCCACAAGUCUCUUUGUAACAUUAAAAGAGAAACAGGAAUUGUUUUCAGCUUUCUAACAACAUGCUGAAUAUGUUCUUUAAAAGACAAGUUUUCAGAAAGAAAAGAAGACACAAACUCAAUUUCUUGACCGUCAAUAUUAACAAUUUUCUCUGACAGUGUUUCUUGUAGAUGGAAACAACAUGAGUUUAGUUUUCUCCACAUUAAGCAUGAGUUGACGCUGCCUUUGGUUGGGUUAAAUUUGUUAGUGGAAGUCCUUUAAAUAUAUUUUUCAAAGCUGUUUAUCAGAAAAGUCAGGGAGAAGUCGGGGGUUCGAUUAAAAAAACGUUUAAAAAAAAAAUUUGAAUUUUAAAAUCAAAGCUGAAAAUAAUUUUAUCAUUUCCCAAAAUUGUCCAAAAUGGCGUGAAAAUAGUUCCAAUUUAACAUUCUUUAAAUUUUUUUAUUUACAGCUUAAAAAAAAAAAGAUAUUUUCCAUUUAUUCAUGAAAAAACAGCUUCAUAUGAAGUAAAUGAUGGUUUACAUUCGUCUGUCAGUAAUUGUUGAAUUUGCCAACCGUGCAAAAAGAUACAAAACUAAUCCCUAAAGUGAAGAAUCCAUUUAAUCUUUUCUUGUAAAUAGUGGGUUAUUUUCACUCACCAGACAAGAGCAGUGUGUGUAUUUCCAGAGUUGAAGUCAGCGUGUCUGCAGCCCCAGAAUAACCCUGACAGGUUAAACAUAACACCGCAGCCCUCUCUGUUACUGGGGCAGCCACUAUUAUUUAGUCCGACUUACUCUGCGAGGUUAUUAUUGGCACUUCUCCUAUUAAUAGGGAGAACGGCUAAAAAUUGAGCUGCUGUGUGUUUGUCCUGGGCGUGUCGUCGCCUCAGACCAGCGCUGAAGAUAAACAAGAGUUUGGCCUCGGCAGAUGUCGACGACGGCGGCGGCCAUGUUAACUCUGUCACUGUAGAGCUGCAGGUUUAGAUCUGUCACUGUAGGUUAUUUAUGAGUCUGGGGGGGAUGUACAGUAAGCGGGGAUGAUGUGAGAUAAUCGGAGAGGGUCUGAGUCGGGGGAUACGAGGCCGGACUUUUGAGCUGCUCGAGUACAUCUGUGUGUGUUUUGUCAGAAAUGCACGUGGGCGUCACUUUGUUCCCCAAACUUUUCCUCUUUGAGUCUCACUCUCCCUCCUGAGUCAGAGCCGUUUCCCCCCUCUUCAUCUCCCGGUUCAGUGCAGCUCCAGCAGACCCAGCCUCCAUGCGUGUGUGUGUGUGAGUGUGUGUGUUACCUGCAGCCCUCCUGUCACAUUUCACCCCUGCCCGCCACAUUCCUGGUUAUCUCACAGGGGGUUACAUACCUCUGCCCUGAGAAGCAGCUACCAGGGAGCGUAUUCUCUUUCUGCUUGUAAGUGCGGCGGCGGGCGGAUUAAGAGUAAACACACACACACACACAGACAGACAUGCAGGGAUCAAACGGAGGAGGAGAUCCGCUCUCAAGUUAAACAGGAUCACCCUAAACUGAAGGUCAGCUGAAGGCUGUCUCAUCAUGUUGUCAAAUUAGGUACAAGCUAAUUACACAAACAGUCACUUCACUCUUUAAUGUGUCCUUUUUUUUUUUUAGGGGUUGAUUUGUUUUAUAAAAGAUCUGUUCUUUAUUAAACUGACGAAUUGAUCAGAAAAAUGAGCCAUAAAAUAAAAAAGAAAAUAAGAAGUUUAAGAAUCAAAAUCCACCAUGACCUCCUCCGCCCACUGCUCCGUACUGUCGUUUAAUUUCCUGUUUAUCUCCAAACUGACUCGAGAUUCAACUUCUGACCACGCUGGAGGAAAAAAUAGUCAGGCAGGUAGUUCACUCAUAAAUAAAACCUGAUUUUUCUUGGACCUUUUUCUGCUUUUUCAUGCUCUGUAGCUUCAUGUUGUAUUUUAGAAAUGUGUCUUUUGGCCUGAAUAUGGAGGACGCUUCUACCUCUGUUAAAUCUGUUCACGAAGGUCUCAUACGUUUCUGUAUGUUGCUUCAUUAUUCGGCAGAUUAUUGUAGGAAAACCUGUUUAUGAUCCUCCAUCACCUUUUCCUCUCAGAGAUUAAACCUGAAGAGCUCCUGUUUCUUGUCAACACUGAGUUUAUUCUGUUCACCUUAAAGUUCAAACUCUGUCCUCACUGUUCUCGUCUGAAUCUGACUCUCUAAUACCGAUUCUGAACGUUUCUUAAAUAUCUGAGAGGACAUUUGUCUUCUUUCAAAGUGUCAGAAGUCUUUAAGGAGCCGGUUUUUAAAACCUCGAUUCGUUGCGGUCCACACCUCCAGCAGGUGACCCGCACACAGUCAUCCUGAAAACAUCAGAGCGGCUCACACGCCUUAAAAAAAGCAGCAACAAUGUAGGCCACUUCUCUGGAACAAUUAACAUGCAUUCAGGCCGGCGCCGUGCAAAUCUGAACUCACUGUAGGCCUGCAUACCCACCCACGCACACACACUCUGCCACUGCGCACAGAUGUGUGCACACACUCUCUCUCACACGCGCGCGCACACACACACACACACACUUCUCCUCCUCCUGUGCACAGUACUACUACAGCAGCUCCAUUGACGAGGCUCCUCUGGUCUGACAGAGCAAACGGCUGCUGGUGACUCAGACCGGCUGCCUCUGAUCUCUCUGUGAAUUAAAACACACACCCCCUGGUGGACGAUCAGGGAGCGGCUUCCUCCAUCUUUAUCCUGCUUCUACUGGGAUUUACCUGGAGUGUGUGUGUGUGUGUGUGUGUCAGUUUGUGUGGAGGAGGCUAUACUGUUUGUACUUGACACAUGAACACAGCUCUGACAGUAAGUCAGGACUUUGAAGUGUUGUCACGUCUUAUUUUACGAUGUGUGUCCCUGUAUUCUUCUAUCGAACUGUUCUUGUUUUAUUUUCUUGUGUUUUAAAGGUCUAACCGUGUGUUUUCUUCUGUUUUUAUUACAGUUUCUUAGACAGGAUCGACGUGGUCCGGCAGCACGACUACACACCCACUGAUCAGGUCAGUGUGAAAAAAUGAUCCUCUUAUUUUAAAGCACCCCGUCUACAGCUUUGCUCUGCUGUGGAAACACAAUUGAACUGUUUUUAGUGACUUUAUAGAAAAAAAAUAGGUAAAAAAAACAGUUUGAUUAUUUUGCAACCACCUCCUGAUCAAACCAGUCAGAUAACUAAAUAUUAAAUAUUCUAUAAGUUUCAUUUUUGUAGACAAACUUUGAUUCAUUCAUUAAAAAAACUACCCUAUGUAAUUUUUUUAGUUAUCAUUACAACACUACAGGCUUCCCUAGAUCUGAUGAAAGUUAUUUGUCAGUUACUUAUCCCCUUUCUGCAGAGAUUUUCUUUUUUUCUUUUUAUUUUUUUUUUCGACAAAAUUAGCGAUCAGUCUCAUCCAGAAGAGGUCACACAGAGUAAACAUCUCUUUUUGGAACUUCUAAGCAGAAUUGGAUCUUAAAUAUUAUCAUGGUUUGACCCACCACAGCAUGACAAACAUCUACAUCUUUUGUAUCUAGAAUUGUGGAUCUACAAUUUGAGACUGAAGAAAACAGUCGUGUUCAUGGAAGCUUUGAUAAUUUCUGCCCAGAGUUCAGACUCUCAGAUCCAUCCUGAAUUAUUUUAUAUUAUCUUUUAUUUACUCGUCCUAUAGUUUUCAUUUUAUACUCGUCAUUAUGAUUUUUUCCUUUUUUUUUUUUAUAACCUCAUGUCAUCUUCCUCAGGUCUCAUAUUCUCUCUUAACUCUCUUGUCCCAGUUUGUUUCCUUAAACACGCUCGUUCACUCUCUAUUUUUUAGGACCUGUUGAGAUGCAGAGUACUGACGUCCGGGAUCUUUGAGACAAAAUUUCAAAUAGACAAAGUCAAUUUCCAGUGAGUAACCAAUCGCUACAUCUUUUGAGAACAGAAUUAAAGUUAAGGAAGAACAGAAUUUCAUCAUCAUUUUGUUAGAAAAACAGAAAAAUGAAAGAAUGAACUAGUUUUACUGAACAAGAAGCACUUUGAGUUACCUUCACAUAUCAAAACCCUCUCUGAUUAAACUCUGACCUGUCUUUGUGUCGCAGUAUGUUCGAUGUUGGAGGUCAGAGAGAUGAACGCCGGAAAUGGAUCCAGUGUUUUAACGGUACGUUUGCAGACAAGACGUCUGUAUUUUCAGAAUAAACAAUAAGAGAUAAAUGUAUUUGUAACCAAACACUUGGUCUCUAGUUUAUCCAGUUUUGUUUAUUUUGAUGAUAAAUUGCUUUUUCUGUUGUUGGCCUCUGAUGUGUUUGUGUGUUUUGUGUGACGCAGACGUGACGGCUAUCAUCUUCGUGGUGGCGAGUAGCAGCUAUAACAUGGUGAUCAGAGAAGACAAUCAGACCAACAGACUACAGGAAGCUCUCAACCUUUUCAAGAACAUCUGGAACAACAGGUUAAUAACCGAGUAGUCGCACUUUUUCUCUGUUUUUAGAGGUAGCUGUAAAAAGACAAAAGAGAUACGGGCAAUGAUCGUUAUUAUGAUUAUUGGGGUAUAUAAGAAGAACUUUAAUGCAUUUAUAAAACCAGCAGUCCUGGGCAUUAAAAUAUAAAACAACCAUGGAUAUUAACUUGUUUUUGGUCCCAAACUAAAGUCAAGAGAAAUAACGCUCCCAACUCGCUCUCCACUUCCCCUCACAGGUGGCUACGGACCAUUUCGGUAAUCCUCUUUCUGAACAAACAGGACCUGCUCGCCGAGAAGGUUUUGGCAGGAAAAUCAAAAAUCGAGGACUACUUCCCGGAGUUUGCUCGCUACACUACACCAGAUGAUGGUAAGGAGUUAACCCUGCUGUAUCUGCGGCCGUCCAAUCAAAACAAACCUCCCCUCUUGUUUUUGAACGAGAACCCUUGAAAAAUCUCCAUCUGCUGGACCUUGACUUUGUGAUGCUGCUGAGUUUGUUUUUGCCAGUCUUCACUUUUGGGAAUGCUUACCAUUAUAAUGACAUACACACACAAUGGUUAAAGCGAUCAAAGUUAAAACCAAGCACAUUAAAACUGGCUUUCAGAAGUUAUCAGCAACUUUAACGAUGGUUAAAGUUGCAUUGUGAUCUUAAAGUUGGAGUUUGGUUUCAGUGAACAGAAAAUAAUGAGACUGAAAUACAGAUUUGAAGUUUCUGAAUUAAAGACACCGGUGAAAGUAUUUCAUUAAGUUGUCGCCAUCUUUACCAACUGAAACCAGUUUCAUUUCAGUGUUGAUGUUUCCUGUUCUGUAGAAGUAGUUAAGCCACAGACUGUUUACUGGUACAGAGCAGAAAUGACUCUCUUGUUUUCUCUUCCAACAGCAAUACCGGAGCCAGGCGAGGAUCCCCGCGUCACAAGGGCAAAAUACUUUAUCAGAGAUGAGUUCCUGGUGCGUUCAAAGGUUAAUUUUUACCUGUUUCAUUGUUGUAUAUGUGUUGCACAGCACAUAUUUAUACAGCAAUGUAAGUAAAAUCAGGUACAAUGAAGACAGCUUAUUUAAGGGUAUUUUGACCUCACAGUGUUGUUUAUGACGAUUGUUUAUGAUGAUCGUCAUCUUUAGUCCAUAAAAUUAAAAAAAGAAAUUCUGCUCAAGUUUAACUGAAUACUAAAUCAAUUUGUUUUGUAUGGAAGCAUAUUGCAUUCAGUUACAAAAAAAGGGAAACAAAUUUUUUUUCUUUCUGUUUUUCUGAUUAUUCUAUUUUCUGACUGACUUUUUUCUUUUUUUACUUAUAUUUUUUUUCUUUUUUUUUCCUGUCUUUUUUCCUAUCUAAGCGAGAUACUUAAAAAUCCUGUGAGAAACUCAUACAAUAAGAUAAAAUUAACCACAAAUUAGUCUAAAACAGAAAAAAAUAAUCUGGAAAAAAGUAUGAAAAACAGAAAUGAAAAUUAGUCCGAAAAACAAAACAAAAAAAGUCUGAAAAAUAAAAAAAGUCUGGAAAAAGAAAAAAAAUAGUUUGAAAAACGAAAAAAGUCUGAAAAAAAAAUCUGAUAAACAGAAAAAAAAUAAGUCUGAAAAACAAAACAAAAAAAUUCUGAAAAAUAGAAAAUUCAGUUGGAAAAAAACAAAAACAAAAAAGUCUGAAAACAGGAAAAAAAAAAGUCUGGAAAAACAAAAAGAAAAAAAAGUCUGAAAAACAGAAAAAAUUGUCUGAAAAACAGAAAAGAAAAAUAAAUGGAAAAAAAAUUGUCCGAAGAACAGAACAAAAAAAAUUACUCUGAAAAACAGAGAAUUAUUUUCUUUAUUUUUUUGGUGAAUGCAAUACACUUCCAUAGUUUUGCUAUAUGCCUGACUGAUAUUUAAUUCUUGGUGAUGUAGAGCACAUGAAUCAUGGAUUUCAUAUCUAAAGGUCCAGAUUUACUGCAAAGUAAAAACAUCACAGGUACAUCCAAACUGUGUGACUGGUGAGAGCUUUUUUUGGAUGUGCUGAGCAGAAACCUCACAAGUGACAGCUUUGCACCAAAGAUGUCACCCAAAUCUAAGGGAAUCUUGCAGAUGGCCACUUUCAUGUGUUUAUCUCAGUGUGUGUGUGUGUGUGCAGGAUACUCCCUCACAAAAUAUUCUCUGUGCUUUCACAUACACUUAUGGAGAAAGUUAGCCUUAAGUUAACAGCACUGGAUUUAAGGUGAUCAUCUAACCACAAGUAGGAAAUAAAUAGUUCAAAUUUUCAAAUAAAGAGCUGAAAAAGAAGUUACUUAUUGUUCUUUUCACCCAGAUGAACACACGAGGAACAUGAUGGUCAAUAUUUGCUGUAAGAACCAGGGCUAACUUGUUGUUUUUUUUUGUUUGUUUCAGAGGAUCAGCACAGCCAGCGGGGACGGACGGCACUACUGUUACCCUCACUUCACCUGCGCGGUCGACACAGAAAACAUCCGCCGCGUCUUCAACGACUGUCGGGACAUCAUACAGAGGAUGCACCUACGGCAGUACGAGCUCUUGUGAUGGGCAGCGGCGUCACGCCUCCUUAUCUACCUACCGACCUACCUAUCUACGACCCCACGACCAGUUAGCCAAACUACCCUUCCACUUUCAACCCACCAAAUACCAGAGUGAUAGACUGACAGACCGCCUGUCCUCCCCUCCUACCCGAUAAAACUCCUACAUCUCCCAGUAUCACGAUUUCAAAGAGACAGAGCAGUGGGAAAAACGACGACAGGAAGAGGACAUCAUCAUCGACUUUUAGCCUGGACUAACUGCUGUACUCAGCUACGUGUUGACCCAGGAUCGAGGGUCAGGACUGGAAUCCCUCAGUGCAGGCUUUCCCUCCUUUAAGUGAUCUUUCUCUCUUUAAGAUUUAUGACCACACACAUUCGCAGGUACACACACACACACACACACACACGCUAUAGAAUAAGACAUUCAGAACCAUUUUAAAGGUUUAUGUCUCAUAUCGAAGCCACACGUUCACACAGAGAGACGUUUUUCAAAACCAAGUCCUGCUUUAAACAGAUGGCAGAGGCUGAAUUAAAUAAUGUAUUCUAAGAAAGAGAGAGAGAGAGAGAGGAGUUUAUUCACCGCGUGCUGAGGACGAAGCCGAAAGAGGAGGAGGAGGAGGAGGAGAACACGAUGGACAUGUAGGGCGGCAAACUGAAACAAAAGGAGGGCUGUGAGCCUUUUUCGUGCCCAAAACAGACAAACUAAUUCACGAACGGCUGCCUGUGGACGUAAGCGUGACUUGAACAUUAGACCACACGGCUCACAUGACCUGCUCUUCAAGAAAAGCGAGCGAGUAGGAACGGCAGAAACCAACUCAAAGAAAAAAGGAGAAAAAGAGAAGAAAAAUAUCAUACAAUGCAUAAAUUCAUGCAUACCAGUGAACUUCAUGCAGUGCAAAAAAUCCAAGCUAUAUAUAUAGAUAUUUAUAUAUGUGUGUAUAUAAAUAUGUAUAUAUAUAAAUAUAAAUAUUAUAUAUUCCUGUAAUAACACAAUUCAACUUUUAAGUUUAUGUUAGUUUUUACCCCAUGUUCUGUGUUGGUGUACACUGUGUGUGUGUGAUCUGCCUCUGUGCACCGUUAAAACCCGCAUAUCUACACACAAAACACACACACAUAUCGACACACACACAGGUAUAUACAUCCUCGCGCCCCUGACUCCCCCUCUGCUGCUAUUUGAAAACUAUUCAGCGUAUGAGAAUUAAAGGAGAGGUUUCAUUUUAAUAAGAGAAAAAAACACACAAACACAAAAGGAAAGCAUGAAGUGAAAGAAGCGACAUAAUCAAGACUGGAUGAAACUCGAACCUGGGAACACACACACACACUCACAGACACACACACACGCUCAAGCCCUCAUCUGUCCCCAACGUCCUUCCCAUCCAUAUCUUUCGUCUUACUCUCUCACCUCUCCCAGUCCAACGAUCCUCCCCUCCUCCCGGCUUUAAGUACGUCUGUCUUUAUUUUACUGCUGGACUAUUAUUCUUGUACAGACUGUAAAAUGUAUUAUUUUGUACAACUUUAUUGAAGAAAAAAAUAACUUGUAGAAGAUCCCUGUGCCUUGAUCACGACUGUACGUGUAAAAAAAUGAGCUAAUAUGUAAGUUAUGUUUCACUGCGCUGUACAGCUGGACGGGUCUGUCCCACCUCGUCCGUGCUAGCUCGCCCCCCCUGCUGGAGGCCGGGGGGAGGGGCAUCGGAUCGGGGCGGAGGCCUUUCGUCUGUUGCUUAGUUUCCUUCCCCCCCCUCCACAUUUGUUUGUUCAUUGAUUCAUUUGUUUGCUUUGACUCUCCUCUGGUUUAUAUAAUAGGAUUUGAAAAAAAUGAAGAAAAAAAAGAGAUAAUCAGACACACCACCUUAAUGCUGUGUAGUGAAAGAUACUGAACCCUAACACAAUUUAAUAUAUAUAAAAUAUAUUUCAGAUUUUAUAUUUUAUAUAUAUGUACUGUACACUUAUAUCUAUGUCCCUAUGUGAGCUGUCCCCCAGGUUUCCUUUGCUUUCUGUCAGUAACAUCUGCGUACAUUUCAGAAAGGUGGUGAUCCUGGGAGUGAUGGGAUGGGUAUACAUUUCUUUAUUUUUUAUUUUUAGCUUUAACUCUUUCCAAGGAGAGGGAAAUAUCCAGUUGCAAAACAUUGCUUGUUUCUACAUAAACCAAAUUCUUUUUGCUUAAAGAAGAAGAAACAGUUGUA